UCUAGCGCACGGCCCGGGCUCUGCACCGCUCGCCCGUCUGCCGGGGACCGGGCGGAGCCGCAGGAGCAGCUGCCCGCGAGCAGGAAACAAGCCCGAGGAAAGCCGCAGCCUCGGGGCCCCCCAUUGUCAUGGAGCGGAAGGUGGCCCGGGAGUUCAGGCACAAGGUUGACUUGCUUAUUGACAAUGAAGCAGAGAAGGAUUACCUUUAUGAUGUGCUACGGAUGUACCACCAAUCCAUGAAUCUCCCAGUACUGGUAGGGGACCUAAAGCUUGUGAUUAAUGAACCAAGUAGAUUGCCGCUGUUUGACGCCAUCCGUCCCCUUAUCCCAUUAAAACAUCAGGUGGAAUAUGAUCAGCUGACGCCUAAACGAUCAAGAAAGCUGAAGGAAGUGAGACUGGAUCGUUUGCAUCCUGAAGGGCUUGGAAUAAGUGUGCGAGGAGGACUGGAAUUUACUUGUGGCCUCUUUAUCUCCCAACUAAUUAAAGGUGGACAAGCAGACAGUGUUGGGCUUCAGAUUGGAGAUGAGAUAGUUCGGAUAAAUGGAUACUCCAUCUCUUCAUGCACUCACGAGGAAGUAAUAAAUCUCAUCCGCACAAAGAAAAUAGUGUCCAUAAAAGUAAGACAUGUCGGCAUGAUACCUGUCAAAAGCUCUCCAGAUGAGCCUCUUAAGUGGCAAUUUGUGGAUCAGUUUGUGUCAGAUUCUGGGGAGGGAGAAGGCAGUGUUGCUGGACUCGCUUCAUCUGGAGGAAGGGACAAUAAAGAGAAGAAAGUCUUCAUUAGUUUGAUUGGUUCCAGGGGCAUGGGAUGCAGGUCUGUAGAUGAGUCCCAUUUAAUAUGGUUUGCAAGAAACCUCCCCAUUUACAGCGAGCCAGAGCAGUACCUGCAGCUGGGAGUGGGAGUGGCUGGUGGCCUCAGAGGCACAGCCCCUGCAGUGCCUCAGGCACUGGCGCAAGCGCUGGAUGAUGCAGAGCUGGCGCAUCACAUUGGCCACGACGGUCCUCCUGCUGCACGGGAACGAGAACCUGUCAGAGACUCAGCGUCCCGAAGAAUCAGGGGGAUUAAGGGAACCUGGAACCAGCAGCAUUCCCACCCAGCCCUGCCCACCUCCGGAGGCAUGGAUUCACCCUCCUGA